GCCGUGCUGAGCGCGUGAGGGCGCCGAAGGUGGCGGUUGGCAGGAUCCGUGCCCUCGCGCCUCCUCGCGGCGCUCGCGCCUUCCGUUUGAACUGCUCGCCGUCACGAGCUGCGUCCCAGAGCAGGCGGCGCCGGGCCCGCCCCGAGGCCCAGGCCGGGCCAGGCCGGGCCGGGUCCUGCACUCACUCACUCACUCACUCACUCACACACACACACUGACUCACUCACUCACUCUCACUCACAGCAGAUUAAAGAUGGCCGCAUCCACCAGGCCGCAGGUGCUGGCGCUGUACCGGGCGAUGCUGAAAGAAAGCGGAAAGUUUUCCAGUUACAGUUAUAGGACCUUUGCAAUCAGGAAAAUUAGAGACACUUUUCGAGAAAACAAAAAUAUGCUAAAUCCUGAAGGUAUCCAAGUACUAAUGGACAAGGCUAGCGAGAACCUAGAAAUUAUUCGACGUCAGGUGCUAAUCGGACACUUGUACGAGGCCAAAAAGCUUGUUGUUGAGUCCAAAGAACUGCAUUAGCAAGAAUAGCAACAACUGAUGUUCCUCCACCUCCUUUAGAAUGCAACCUCGGGGUCAGCGAUCACUGUCUUCACUGUCCACAUUCCUCAAGGACAGAUGCUUCUACAUUUCUCAUGUGUUAAUCAACAGAUCCAGUGCAUGCUCAUGUAAAGCUUUGGGAUCCAGUGCAUGCUCAACCAUCUAUUCCAAUCAGUUUAAUGUAUUGCUUAGGUGAAUAGUAUCAGUGCUACUCAAUUUCUUUGAUGUUUGGGAGUGGUGGUAAUGUACAGCUUUACAACUAUACGUGGACGUAACUUUUGUAUGACUUGUUUUUUUUACAUAUUAAGACAUUUCUUCUACUAAUAGAUAUUGUACUGUUUAAGAUUUUUUUUCACGUAUGUAACCAAUCUAAAAAUGGACGUCAAAGGAUAGUUGAAAUGAAAUACAUCAGUACAAACUGUGCUUAUUGCUGGUUGGAUUUGUCAUGGUAAGGAUUAUUACAAUUAUAAAACCAUCCACUACAAUCCUUACAUUUUGUUCAAAAUACUCAUGUGGUUACCCAAUGAAAAAUGCGCUUUCAGCCUCCCAGUGAAUGAAAGAGCACAACUUUUUCUCUUAUAUUAAAAAAGUCUUACAGUAUCUUUAAACAAAUAAAACUCCACAAACAAGUACUGUAAUGCAACCCAGAAUUGGAUCAAUAUAAAUCAUUAACUGUGACUAAUGUGUGGUGACGAGAACACUUCUCCAGCAAGGAUGCUUCACCAAUAAUUGUACAGCAUUGCUGUGGUGCUUCACAGCACAUUGUUGUCUUAUUAAAAAUGCAGAAUAAAUGUUAACCAUUUCAAUGA